UUUAUGAUGAGGGUUCCUUACAAUAUUUGAAAUAAAAUUUCCAUUUACGUCACACGAUUGUUUGUUACGGUAUCCCCUUUGCGUUAACUCCAGAGUCAUUAACCAAAGUGUUUUAUAAAAGAAAACUUAGUGGCGAUUGGUGUGAAGACUGUCCACCGGUUAUUUUGUGUAAUUUGACAACUAAAAUGAAAUUUAAAAACAUGAGUAUGUGUAUUAUACGUGCGAAUGUAUGUUAUCGUGCUAAGUGCCGAAAAUAUUUUAGUGCAAAUACGAAUAAAAUGCAAACCAACUAAAAAAUACCCAAAAAUGUGUAUUAAUUAACCAAUUCAUGCAUUACGUUUAAUACAGGCAGUGUGGAUAGUUGAAUUGGAUUAAUGAGCAAUCUGGUCCUAAUUGUGAUAAAAAUUAAAUAAAAGUACAUAAAAUAAUAUUAACAAAAUGUUAUGUAUAAUCUGGAAUUAUUAUCCAAAAUGUAAACAGUAAAGUGUUUGGGGAAUUAUGAAACCUAAGUUCUGAAUCUCUUUGAGUGUUUUCUCUUUCACAGGUGGACCGACAGAAAUUCAUACGGAAUUCAACUUGUCUCGUCAUUCUUAUCAUUUAUAUACAUAUUUAUGUAACUAUAUAGCUGUGUAUCGAUAAGAUAGGUGUUACAAACAAUCGUUAGGUAUAUGAAACUAUGUUACUCUGGAGAAACAUGUUGCUAGAAAAUAAGAAACCGAAAACGCUUAGUGAUCAAUGUGAAGUUAACCCGAAAUUAUGAAAUUAAAUGAUAUCCGACUGAUAGUUAAGGAACUGUACAUAUGUAGGUGUGUGUGUAAUAACUAUAUAAAUAGUGACAGAAUAAAUAGAGAGGAAAAAAGCAAUAUUUUAGUGCUGUUACCGCUAAUUUCUUGUGUCGAGAAACCCUACUAGAAUAAACGAAGCAGCCAAGUUCAUAGUGUGCAACAAAAUGGUGUUGCUGAGUAAUCCACAUUUGUUACCGAUUUCCCACUUAAAAUGGAUGGUUAUUUACCCUAUGGUACUACUACUGUUACAGCCUAUUCGUGACGUUGUUGGUGGAGAAAAAUUAGCCCUCUUAUCAGCAACCCUGCGCACUUAUCAAAAAGCUGCUUGUGACAGCGAUCAAGUCAUUAUCGCUUGUCCACGCGGCACAAGCAUCUCAAUCGAGUUCGCACAAUACAACAAUUUCGAAAACAAAGAUGGAUUCAGCAUCGAUGACUUAUGUCCGCUAAAUAAUUCCGCGAAAAAGGUGCAAUCUAAGGCCAAACACCUUCUACGUGGUUCCACAUUCGGAACUCCCGGAUCAAAGAUUCCAACCAUCCAACACCUUUAUGGCCAGACUACGGAACUUCCAAGCUCAAGCCUGCUACCAGAUACACUCAUGACAGAAGAAACUGAAGAUGCCGGUGUGCGUAAGGAAAAUGCCUCGAAUGUUUAUAUAAAAGAAAAUGACUCUUCCGAAAAUUGCAUGUGGCCAAACGCACUUCAGUAUUCGCUGCUGCAGACAGUCGUUGAGGCUUGCCAAAAAAAGAAGCACUGCAAAUUUAACGGUGCCCCACAUUUCUAUAGACUGAGCACAGGCGUUGAUGUUAAUAACUAUAACAACACGGUUAACACCGUAAAUGUGGAUCCUUGUCACAAACGACGUAAAAUUGUGGAGGUGGCUUAUAAAUGUCGUCCAUAUGAAUUUCGUAGUAAAGUGGCCUGUCACAAUGAUAUGGCUCAGUUGGAGUGCAAUCCUUAUUCACGAAUCGCGGUCUAUAGCGCGAGUUUCGGACGCACCGAAUAUGAAAGCAUUCAGUGUCCACAACCCCAAGGAGUACGAGAAGAAACCUGCCAAGCAUCUUAUGCCACCGAAACAGUUAUGCAGAUUUGUCAUGGGCGCCGCCGUUGUAACUUAGCUGCAGAUGCGAACACAUUUGGGUCACCGUGCCAACCGAUGUCGAAAAUGUAUCUGAAAGUAGUUUAUACUUGUGUUCCAAAGCAAGUUUUAAAAGACCGAUACGAAUCGGAAGUUGAAGGAGAUGAGACUGAAGAAUUCGAUGGAGAUAACGAAGUGUAUGACGAUGAAUUGAACUAUAAAGAAUCUGAAGCAAUUCCGAAGGUGUAUAGCAACAGUACUGUUACUGCUGCUAGGUCAAAUGGUACAAAUGCUUCAGCAACUCCCGCCACUUCGAACUUUAGUAAUGGCAAUAUCUCAUUUCAUCUUGAAAUUCCAGACAGCUCCCGUAUCAAUCCGAUUAUGACACAUAGUGCCGACUUAAGUCUGGAAGAUAAUCAGGAGCGACUGUAUUUAUAUCUUCUAAUCGCCGGUUUAAUCGGUGUAAUUAUAUGCAUAAUUAUUGUGUCUGUUCAUGUUUGGAUGCAUAAAAGUCAAGCUCUCAGUUCGGAGACUCAGAUGGCAUCCGUAGAUGGUUCAGGUAACCCGCGUGCUGAUACUACCAUUCCCAAUGGUUUCAAUGACACUAUAUCGGAGAUUGACGCCGAGAUCGAUAUGCCAACUACAAUUUCUGUACCGAGUGUUUCGAAAAAUGAGAAUUAUAUUUCCUAUGGAUCCAAUGGUGGUUUAUACAAUGGCCUUGGAUCAUCCAGUAGAUUGCAGAAUUCAUCGACUUCUGUAUUACAAGAUGGAGCAAGUAUUCCUCCCACGGGUAUCAUCGGCACAUCUGCCCCCUCAACAAUAAUCACGAAUCCUGGCGUAUGCGGAGUAAGACAAUCUCCCGAUAUCAUCGGUAUUACAUCAAAAUCUCACUUAGCGGUGCCUCCUAGUGGCGCCAUUGGCUAUCAAACGGGUGUUGGUGGCAUAUUGGCACCAACAAUUGUAAUUGGUAGCAAUGGGAGUAGUAUCAGUAAUUCCCUUAAUUGUGGUCCAAUGACCUCAAUUGGACAGUACACAACUGCACCCACGAUACGUGCGAGCUACAUCAUCAAUGCUGAGGGAAUGUUAAAGCGACCUCCGAAUCUCCAAACGCCCCCUAUGACAGGUUCAACAACCAACAGUCAGUAUUCGACAACGUCCACACUACGUCGAAUCAAGACCACUGAUCCUUCCGCAAUGCAACAACAAUUAUCUUACGAUGGCACAGCUCCACGUACAUUAUCGACUGGUGUUCCAGUGAACUCCCAAUUCUAUUAUGGAUGACAAAAUUCAGAGGAAUGUGAUGGAAUGAAAGCUAUUUUAUUCGAUACCACUCAACAUAAAGCUGAGGCAAUCGCCACACUUACUGCCCAUCUCUCAUACAACGCAUCAAAAGAGCAACAACAUCAAACAAUUGAGAGUCAUAAUAUAAAUGACAAUCCUAACUCAAACUACAAGGCCACAACCGUGAUGAAGAGUCAGAACACUGCAUCAUCAGACCCCAAAGCUCAGAAAGCUGUCAAUAACACGGAGUCGGAGAGAUCUUUUUGUUUUUGAACGUAGUUCAUUUGACAGAAGACACCGAAGUGUACCAUGUAAAUUUAGAAACAAUUUGUAUAUUAAUAUAUUGUAUAUACAUAUGUAUUUGUAUCACCCACAGUCAUAAAUGUGAUGAUGUAUAUGUAUACAUACAUCAAAAUGUAUAAUGUGUGCAUUCUUAUAAUUGUGUAGUCAUAGAUUUGUAAGAUGUGGAUUUCUAAAAAAUCAUCUAGCGAUAUUUCAGUUGUUAAGUACAAUUUUAAACCCAUUCAUUACUUCAAAAAAAUGCCUACAUACAUACUUACAUAUAUACGCCUAAGGAAAUUGUGCAAAAAUGGACUUAAUGAUUCAUAUUUCCUUAAACAAUUCUCAUCAGCAAUGUUGAUGAUUGAAUGAUGAUAAUGUGAAUUAGUAUUUGGCUGUACAAAAGUAAUAUUAAAAAUGACUUUUCCAAAAAAAAUUUUUUUUUGAAAAUUUAAAAGUUUUUAAGAAUAUACAUAUUUAAUGUAUUAUACAUAUUUAAAUAUUCAUAGUUAUAUUUAGUUUGAAAAUAUUAGAAAGGUGAAAGCAUUGACCUAAGAUUAUUUACUUUAUAUGACCGCUUCAUUUUCUUUUUUCAGCCAAAAUCUACUCAAUUGAUAAUGGAAGCAAUUUUGACGAUUGUUGAUAUGGCAAGCAAUUUACAUACUU